AUGAACUUACAAUCAUUGAUAGUCAUAUUCAAUCUCCUUUUUCUUGAAACAAGAGCAGCUAAGUUAUCAGUUUCCUAAUCAACACCUCAGAUUACCGAAUAUAAUCAAACCAUUUCAUAAUAUAAUUCGACAUUCAAAUAUAAUACAACCCUUCUAGUAGAAGGAGAAGACUUUUAAUUUCUGAUUGUUAAGUUUCAGUAAACUUCAAAUGAAAAUUCAAAAAUUGCUCUAUUAUUCAAUGAACACUCCCCAACCUUCUAAAUAAAUUAAACUAUGUAAUUUAAAGAUAUGGAUUAUGACAGGUAUUAAUUCUGAAAUAAUUUAGUUAUGCCUUAAAAAAAUAUAAUCAUUAGUUGUUGAUUCAAAACUCACCUAAUCCUAAAUUUAUUACUAUUCUCAGUAACAUUUCAAUCUCCUUCGAUUUAACAUUAACAGGUACUAAUGUUUAAAUAUGUUUAAAUAAUUGCACUAACAAUGGAAAAUGUAUAAAAGGAGUAUGUCUGUGUAGUUCUAAUUUCAUUGGGAAGGAUUGUUCAUUAGCUGCAACAGAAUUAAAGAUUUAGACUUGGAGAAAUCAAACAUUAUCAAAUUAUGAAACUUUUUUUUAUUAUCAAUAACAGAACAUGUCAAAGGAACUCGAUUUAACAUUUUAUGUAAUUUUCAGAAUUAUUUUAGACUGAUAGUCAAAAAAAUCUAAGUAUCUUAGAAAUUGUCUCUUCCUUCAUCCAUUUACCCACUUUGAGGUUUUAUGACUUCUAUGAAUAAUUUAAUAAUUCAAUGCCUCUCGCUUAAAUAAUUAAAUCAAAAGGCCUACGAGACUAUGAAAAAAAAUAAUAUAAAUAAGAAUAUCCAGAAGAAGAGGCGUAUCAAGGGAGCUCUUCUAUUCUGGAUGAGUCUCCUGCUAGGUUAAUUGUGGCUGUUUGGUGUGACUAUCCAAAUACAUAACUUUCGAUAUCCUUGUAAAAAAGUGACAGUAAAAGAAAUAAUCCAGAAUUAUUAGAAUGGCUCUUGCCUAUAGUUAUUAUAGGAGGGAUCAUUUUUAUUUUGGUAAUUAUCUUCUCAGUAAGAUAUUUCAUAAGAAAAAAAAAAAAGUUUGGAAAUUACUAUGAAUAAGUAUAAGAAGUACAGGCUUGUCAGAUUUGUGGUAUAUGUUAACUGGGUCUAAAAGACAACAAUGACACUGUUUUCAAAUCGAAAGCCUGUAAAUACAAUCAUUUUUUCCACAAUAAAUGUCUAAAUUCAAUUUUUGAUUAAGAUUCUAAACAUGGAAACUGUCUAACAUGUGAAUAGCAAUUUCAGACUUAAUUAACUCAAUAAAAAAAAUCCACAAUCCCAUGA